UAGCUUUCAUUCCCGAACGUCCAAACCGUUCGAUUUUCGCUUAAUUUUCACAAAUCCGAAUCGCCCUCCCUCAAACCCUGAUUCUCCAAUCUCCGUUCGAUUUUCGGCUUCUAUCUUGAAAAAUUUGUACGGAAUACCUCUUGAUCUUUUAACUCUCUUCUGCUUCCGACGUCUCCAUAAGGGCGAUGGCUUCUAGAGGAGCAAACAUGAUGCUAUCAAGGGCCAAUAGGAUAAAGACGAAGUUACAGUCAGCACUGGAAGCCACAGUUUUGGAGGUAGAAGACGUGUCGUACCAGCAUGCGGGUCAUGCUGCCAUGAAAGGAACCUCCGGGCAGGAGACCCAUUUCAACCUGAAGAUCGUCUCCCCCAAAUUCGACGGCCAGAGUCUCGUGAAACGGCACCGUAUGGUCUACGACUUGCUCGCGGAUGAGCUUCAAUCUGGAUUGCACGCCCUCUCUAUUGUGGCCAAAACGCCUCAGGAAACCCCUGCCAAAUGAAGUUUUUGCUUUAAACUGUGAGGGUUGAAAAUUGGAAUCUUUUGAUUCUGUUUUCUGGUUAUCUAUUUGAUUAGGAUAGGG